AUGAUCACCCCAUAUCCGGGAGAAAUGUCUGAAAUCGAAGUACGCGAAGGCGACGGCCAGCACGGACGCGUUUGGCUCAUCACUGGGUGCUCCUCCGGAUUUGGACGCGAACUCGUCAAGGCUGCGACUUCUCGUGGUGACAAGGUUAUUGCGACAGCCCGCAAAGUCCGAGACCUCGAUUACUGCUUAGGCACUACCAACGCAAAAGUACUUGAGCUUGACGUGACGGCUCCACAGUCCGAACUGGAUGCAAAGAUUCAGGAGGCUGUCGCGUUAUUUGGAAGAAUUGACGUUAUGGUCAACAAUGCCGGCUAUGUCCUAUCGGGUGUAUGGGAGGAACUGAGGUGA